CUCAAGAGAGGACGGUCUGCUUCAGCCCGUUUCCCGCACCAUGAGCAUGGUGAAAGCUGAUGAGGUGCACAGCACCAGCGCCGGGCUCCGGAACGGAGCUUCCGGCGCAGAGGAUGGCCUGCAGGGCGCAAGCGCUGGCGUCCGGAGCCAUCUGUUUAACUCCUUCUUGACGAUCGCGAUGAUGACCACCUUCCUGGCCUACUUCCUGAUCACACCGUGGCUGAGCACAAUUGCUCAGAACACUUCGGUGAGUUUGCAGAUAGUGACACUGGUGGCGGCGGUCUACGAGGGCGGAAAGCUCGUCGGCUGUGUCCUGUUCGGCCACUUAGGGGACUCCGGCAACAUCCUGCGGGUGAUGCUCGUGGCGAUGCUGGUUCUCACCGUCCUGUCGGUCAUCAUGACGAUCUUCCUGGCCACAGCUUUGCCCUCUGGACCCUGGGCAUUUGUUGUGUUCUCCAUCAUCUACUUUCUGAUCAGUAUGGCCUCGGUGGCGCCGCAGUUUGGCUUGAGCAUCCUGAAGAAGACCAACUCAGCGCAUCGCUGCCGGAUCUACGUCUUGAUCCAGGGCAUCGUGGCCUGCUUGGCCCAGGGUGCCUCAGUGCCCUUCGGGGAUUUCUUGGGAUCCUUGAUCAGCUGGAAGAUGGUCCUGCUGGUUCUUGGCCUCUUCGUUGCCUUCAUGAGUAGUGUCCUUUACCUGACUGCAACACACGCGCACCUGGAUGCGUGCAAUGCAAAGCCCAGCGGGUCACAGCAGAGCAACUACUGGAAGACUGCUGGGGGUCUGCUCUUCAGUCGCCAGUAUCGGUCCUUCCAGAUCUUCAUCGUGGUGCUGGGAAUCAGCACGGCAAACAUGUACCUGAUCCCAACUUACGGCAUGAUGCUGCCUGAGUGGGAGGCUGGUAUUGACACGCAGACGGCCACGUACUUCGUGGCGGCCAGUUUUCUGGCGAACCUCGGCACCCGUUGCCUGGCGCUGCUUUUGGCCUCCCGAGUCAGCGGCGCGCUGUGCGUGCGACUCGGCGCCGCCAUCCUGGUGCUGGGGUCCCUGGUGGCCAUGAUCCUGGGAUGGGCUGAGCUGCUGCCGGUUUCUGGACGCUUUCUGACGACAGCGCUGAUCUUGCAGGCAGGGGUCGGGCUGGCGAUGCCCAACUGCAAGGCCUGCGCCUUGCUGGGGGUGCCCAACGAAGUCAGCUCCACGGCGAACAGCUUGCUGAAGAUCGCGCAGCUGCUGUUCACUGUCGUGGCGCAGCUGCUUGCUACGGUGAGUCACUGCGAGUCUUCUUUCAAGAACUUGAGCUUGCUGCUGCUGAUUUGGAACUGCCUGUCCUUGCCCAUCAUGUUCACCAAAGGCCAAAGCUCAAGUGGCGAUCGAAAGGUCGAGGUCAAGGAGUCGGACUUGGUGCUUUCAGUGAGGAGCUGCAAAGAGCUGGGGACGGACGCACGCGAUCGGUUUUUGCAGAUCUACACGAAGCACGGCUUCUGCAUCCUUGAGUGCGAGGAUUCGGACUUCGAAGCGUUGGACUCCGUGGGCGUAGCGCAUGCUGCCUGCGCAGAACAGGACUGCACAGUGGUCUUGGGGUCGCGGAGCGUGCAGCUGAAGACCUCCCAAGUCCUCCUCAUGGACCAGGCCCAUAAAGUCGCGCCUCACAGCGGCCUUCGGAUGAUCAUGACCUGUGAGCAGGUGUAAAGGCUGAGCCCGAAAGGGCUCGUGUACAGCUGUACAGCUUUAUACCAUGAGCGGCUCGACAGCGAAGCCCAUGCUUCGAACUUGGUGAGCCAGACAUCCACUAAAGAGUGGCGCGAAUCGACCAUGUUUCCUUAGGGUCUGAUUUAAUUAGAGAUGGCUCAAGACAGCUCACCGCAUCUCGCGGGACUCUAGGAGCAAACCUUGCGGCAGGAAACGAAUUCAAUUUUGCGACGCCACGGUUGGCCAGAGAGCUCAAGCCGCAGGCAAGUCUGCAUGUCAUUGCGCACAGUUCAAGCAGGGGAGGUAGAGCACCGUUGCUUGAAAACGACUCAAACCCAGGUUUUUGACGUCUGAUUCUUGACAACAUUUGGAUCCCCCCCCAAAAAUAACCCGGGAGUCGGGGUUCCUACCUGGGCUACUGAAGCCGGUCCGAAGUCGGAAUCCAGCGACCGGAAAAGGGGAAGGAGA